AUGCCCGAUAUUCCAAGCGAGAUUUUUUCACUCAGCCCGCGAAAGUUAUCACUUGUUCAAUGUGGUAUUCAACAAAUAUCGAAGCGUAGUCUGCAAUCAGCAUCUGUACUAAGUGAGUUAAAUCUGGCACAGAACAAUAUAACGGAACUUACAAACGAUGCCUUCGAUCAUCAUUACCGUCCGCUAUUAACGCUCAAUCUUACUGCAAACUCCAUCAGCGUCAUACAGAGUUACGCCUUCCAAUAUCUGACUUCACUUACGGUGCUUCUAUUAUCUCAAAACAAGUUACAAACGUUGGCCGGAAACGUAUUUUCGCCCUUAACAGCGCUGAAAAGCGUAAAUCUCGCCAGCAACGAACUGCGUGUACUGGAAGAAGGUCUGUUCUCAACAAAUGCACAGAUCACCACAAUCCAGCUUCAAAAUAAUCAAAUCAACACCGUCGACGGAAACGUGUUUUACAGUGAAGCUGAUAGCCAACUUCCUAGCUUAGAGUACAUUAUACUUCGCGAUAAUAACAUAACAGAGAUUAACAUUCCCAAUGUAAGAGUAUCCAAUCUCAUACUAAGCAACAACAGGAUAACGCACAUCCACGUAUCAUCCAAGGUGCACUAUCUAGAAGCUGAAAAUAACCGGAUAUCCUCCAUCACGUUCGAUAACGUGGCAGAAGCCGAACUGCAGCAACUAAAACUAAAGAAUAAUUCGAUAUCUUCUCUUGACGUCAUUGGACAAUUGGAAAAGCUAGAAACACUGGACGUGUCUUACAACUCGCUCGAUCCGCUAAACGUAACAACCUUCGGAAUGCUCAAACACUUGACAGUGCUGGACUUGGCGAAAACGAACAUAUCAAAUCUGCAGCACGGUACUUUCGGGCAUCAGGAGGCUUUAACAUGGCUCGAUCUGUCGUACAAUAAUUUGGACCAACUGGAUAUAGAUAUGCUAGUGUCAUCUUCGAGAUUGAAAAGCCUUUACCUAGAAGGCAAUCCCCUGACGCACUUGGAAUUUUCCCAGAUGAAAACAUAUUUCCCAGAACUUAAAGAUAUUGGUAUUGGUGACAAUGACUGGAGCUGUGCGUACCUAACCAAACUGGUAGCCUACUGCAAUGAACAGUCAAUAGAACUCUACAAAGCGGCCUCUUUGGAUGUUCCCAAAAAUCAGCCACAUGUAAAAGGUGUAUACUGUUCCGAUGAUAAGCAUCUGACGCGCAACUGGACGACGGCCGUACAGCAUUUGUAUAAUGAUACCAACCGAUCUGCUGGCGAUGCUCUAGAGCUACUGUUCCGGAACGUUUUGGCAGACGUUAGAAGAUCCGGCAGCGAUCAUUCCGAAGCGAUCAAUAAAACUCUCGAUGUGGUAGUGUUUAAUCUAACCAAACAACUGUUUCAAAUGCAGAGCGAUCUCGACACUCUCCGCCAGGCGCAGCUUGAGACACAACUGACAUAUUUGUCGAAUCACACACAAAACUCCAACUAUAGCUUGGAAGAGUUGAAACGAGUAAUAGAAAGUACCAACAACUUGAGGUUGGAUAAGCAAGAGCUUGCUAUCAAAACGAUGGAGUUCAACUUUAGCCAACAGUUGUCGAAAGUAGACGAGGCGCUGGAAAUGGCAAAAAAGAAUGGUGCUAAACUGACAGUUCUAGAGAAACGAAUCGAGCAAUUAGUAGAUAGUGUAGUAAAGUCGAAGGAUAUAUACAGCAUCUUAGCAGCGGAAAAGCAGACUUACCAAACAAAAGAUAAUAUUGGCUCUCCCAAUGAGGGCAACGCUUUGAUCGGCACUGUACUGGCUAUAGUCUGUUUGAUGCUAAGUCUGCAAGUUUUCGUUAUGUACAACAAACAUCGUCGAUCGCAAAGAAUUAAACGAAGCCAAACUUCUCAUGAAAAUACAAGUUUAACGGCGAUCGUGGACCAUCAAAUAUAAAAAAAAAAUUAUGGUCAGCGAGUGUUUAAAAUUGAUCUGCAACUCAUUGUUGUUACGCAGUGCAUAAUAUACGAAACAUAAUCAAAUUUUUACUUCAACCAUAGCUUGAUCCUAAGAUCGAGCGUUCUAUAAUGUAUUCCUAUUUCUAAUUCAUUCCGUUUUUCACAAAGCAUUGACUCCAUUCGCAAAGUUUAUUAUCGCUAGCAGACCCCGCAAACUUCAUAAUGCCCAAAGAUAAAUUUAGGAAAUGAAAUAAACGUUCAUUAGAAUCAACAUGGUUACUGUGCAUGACGUUAGCUGAACAUCAAACAAAGAAACG